UCACAACGGCUUCUCAUGCGCGUGGCCCCGGCGCCGCUUUUCUUGGCGCGCACGGUAUCGCUCUUCGGGCCGGCGCUACGCCACUUGUCGCCAGUUCCGAGCUUUGGCGCUGGCUUCGUCCUCGGUCUCUUCUACUUUGUUUUGGCCUCCAUCGUGGUGCUUUGCACGUAUACGCUCCAAAGCAUCGCCAACGUCUGGACGCCAUUCGGGCUUCUCUCGCACGAACUCGACUCGCCGGCGUGGAGUGUCCCCGUGCACACGCUUCUGCGGGGUCAGACGACUAUGUCGACAUUCGAUCUACCGCAAAAUCAAACGCUCUCGUUCAGUGCGCUCGUGUACGCCCGGUGCGGGUUCAAAGACCGCGUCUGCGCGGACGCUUAUAUGCCCCUGACCAUCGCGGUGUGGAGCAUUCUUGGGGCGGCAUUCGUCGAUUUGUGGUCAACGCCUCGACCACAUCUGGUGCGCAUUGAUCACAUCAACAAUCUCAGCGGCUGGAACAAGGCGCUCGCGCAGUUCUCUGUGGCAGACGACGCGAUUGUUUGCAUUCUGCGACGCGCCAACUACACGUACCUCGGGACCAAUGCGAGCAGCGUCGACAGCCUCGCCUUUUGCGCCAUCCGGCCGCGGGAUCCUAACUGGGUGUGUGAAAACAGUGGCCCGAUGAACAGUAGCACGAGGCUCUACAGUAUGAACCACGGCCAUGUGACGUUCUUGGGGCAGGUGGCUCGGUCCGAUAUUAUUCUCAACGCUGGGCACAGCGCGCUGCUAACGGGCGGCAACGACGGACCCGUCCAUCUCUCGACCGUGCCGUCGGUCGAUGAGUUUCAAGGUGGUGUCCUUCAACACACGGCACCAUUCGACCUAUUUGCUGUCUCGGACUGCUCGUUGUAUGAUAUGACGUCGCAGCUCGGUUGGCGGCUCACGCUCAGCGGCAACAUGACGCUCUUCUGGACCUGCAAUUCGCUCAUGCUGACGAACGCGGUCAUUCUGUGGUGCAUGCUCUUCUACUGCAGUCUUCUCCAAUGGCUCUAUCUCCGGCACAGCGUCAUUUGUGUCGCGCCCGUCUACAUGUCAAAAAGCGUGCUCGGACUGGCACUUGUCGGUAUGACAGUCUAUGGCAACGACAACAUUCAAGUGGUCACGACCUUUUUGGUUCAAAAUGCCAUUGCGCCGACGCUCUGGCCGAGGCUUCUCGCGCUCUGUGGUCCGAUGCAAGCGGCGUCGGUCGCGGGAAUCGUCACGGGCAAAUUCGUGCAGCUGUGGUUUACCCCCCGUAUCGUGACCCAAACAUGGCUUCUUGGCGCAUUUAGCGUCCUCAACUGGGCUCUUAUCUUUGUACUUGAACGCUUUGUGUUUCCGUAUCAACAGGAUCCACUGGCAGCGACGUGUACAUUGCCCAUGUCGACCAACUGCUUCCGCUACAGUCGCAUAGCGCACACGUGGUACCUCUCGGCGGUCGUCGCCAGCGGCGUGAUUGGACUUGCGAUUGGCGUGAUCUAUCUCGACAUGCGAAGUCGUCUCGACGAGGUGCGCGUCCACCCUGACAACUCGCUUCUGACGUACCUCGAGAUUGUCGACUUGCGCGCGAUCGCUAAGACUUGCCGGGGCUGCGUCACGCGCGACGGACGCCACGUCAUUGUCGACUCUGGCAUUUUGCUCAUGAAAAACAUGCUGCGCGUUUCCAAUUUGUACAUAACGCGCGUCAACAACGUCCCGUACACACUUGCCCACGCGCUGCUUCCACACUGGAUCCAGCGCUGGCGCACCAACGAUUCGCAAACGAUCCGCGUCCUCGAGAUGAAGGAUGGUCGCAUCACGCGCACGUCGUACUACCUGCCGCGCAGUCAGCUGUACAAAGAUCAAAGCCCGUGGGCCCCCGGGUGUCGCUGAAAUAUUAUCAAGCGGGGGGGGGGCAGCGAGACGACAAAUGCAUCGGUCCAGCCACGCCUUUUGACCAGAUCCAAGCGUCAUACCACGUGCAUUUG